AUGCCCGCCGCUAUUCCCCCCAUCACCGGCGUACGUGCCCCUUCCGUUGAAGGCCGGGUUGACCCGAGCGGGUUGAUCAGGUCUCUAGAUGUUCGUAGUGGUUUGCUAACAUGGUAUAUGCUAUUACAGAUGCUCCGCCGAGGUCUCGUUCUGGACCUGAGCACCGCUUUCGCGACCGAGUGGGAUACCAAGAUCAAGCAAAUGAUCCAAAUGAGUAUCAGCCUGUUCAAUGGCGCUAAUCAUGCUCUUCUUGAAGGUUUCGGUACUACCUUCGGUUACCUCUGGUGGUACGGCUACCACCUCCCCCGUGUUCGUGAGCGCGAUACCUACUACGCCCGCCUCGAGGCCGAGCGUGCUGCCCAGCGGGGUUAA